AUGCGGCUGCUGAACGUCCACAGCUUGAAGUUUGCAGAAUUCAGCGACAAGAAGAGGCCUGCGUAUGCGAUCGCAUCUCACCGGUGGGAGGAGCACGAGGCGACUUUUGCAGACGUGAGAGAUACGCAGAACACACCAUCUCUAGGAUAUCAGAAGAUCAGAAACUUUGCUGAGUAUGUCAAAAACCACGUUUCCGGCGUCGAUUGGCUCUGGAUCGACACGUGCUGCAUCAACAAGGACAGCGCAGCCGAGCUGUCGAAAGCCAUCAACUUGAUGUUCGAGUGGUAUCAACAAGCAGACGUUUGUCUUGCAUAUUUGCGGGAUGUCGAGGAGGCGAGAGAUGAGACGAAGUUUCAGCAGAGCGAGUGGUUCGAGAGAGGCUGGACGCUGCAAGAGUUGUUAGCACCACGGGUAGUCGUGUUUUUGACGCGAACAUGGGAAGUAAUUGGAAACAAAGGCGCCUCAACCAAUGGAUAUGACGGGACAACUGUCGGUGACGGUUUGGAAGAGGUUAUUGCCAAGAUCACCAAUGUGCCACGAGAAGUGCUACAGGAGUAUCAAUGCAGCAGUCAGGUGUCUACUCAAGAGAAGAUUCGGUGGAUGGAGGGAAGGAAGACUACUGAAGAGGAGGAUAUGACGUACGCUCUGUUCGGCAUCCUGAAUGUAUCUCUAGCAGUCAUUUACGGCGAGAGGGGAAGGGCGAGGGAUCGACUUCUGGCUGUGAUUCGAGAACGGGAGGAGCUCGAGCUAAGGCAAGCCGAGCUAUACCGAAGGAUUUCUAGCUGGGUAUCACCUACAGAUCCGUGGGAGAAUCACCGAACGGCUCGGAAGCAGCAUGAGCCCGAAACCGGGGCUUGGCUGUUACAGAGCGAAACAUACCGAGCGUGGAAGGCAGGCUCGGACGGUCACCGCCAUCUUUGGCUGUAUGGGCCUGCGGGAAGCGGCAAAACGAUUCUUUGCUCUACCGCUAUCGAGGAUGUACAAGCGCAAUGUCGUGGUAGUGCAAAUGUCGGUCAAGCCAUCUUCUACUUCUCCUUCUCUGACCAGACAAAGCAAACGUAUGAGAGCCUCGUUCGGUCUAUGCUGUCACAAUCCUUUCCCAAGAUUCGGAUAAUCGCUACGAGUCGAGACUACCCGGAGAUCCGGUCUCGUAUGGAUAGCAUUCAGGCUACGCUAACGCCACUCGAUAGACAGGCAGUCGACUCCGACAUUCAAAAGUUUGUCUCAACACAACUGGCCCAAGAUAUGCAAUUACGACAAUGGCCUGCUGCGAGCAAGAAACUCGUAGAAGAGACGCUUACGCAGAAAGCCCAGGGAAUGUUCAGAUGGGUCGUCUGUCAGCUUCAGGAGCUCAAGAAGACCAGGUCAACUAGGCCAAAUUCGAUCCGUCAAGCCUUGUCCGCUUUACCAAAAACAUUAGACGAGACAUACACACGGAUGCUAAGGAGCAUCUCAGAGUACAACCGCGUCGAUGCGCUCGCGUUGCUACGGUGGAUUACCUAUGCGCAGUCGCCGCGAACGCUUCACGAGCUUGCAGAAGCUACGAUUAUCGAGCUUCCGGACGAAGCGGGCGUAGAAGGUGCGGUAGAUAUGGACAAUCGCGGCGGGUGGGCAGACACAUUAUCGGUCCUCGCUGGACUAGUAAUAAUUCAGGGCGAAGAGGACGAUAGGAUUACGCAAGACGCGAAAGUCCGACUCGCACACUUCUCUGUACAAGAGUUUCUAGAAUCUAGCCGAAUCCUAGCAGGCGACGUACGUGCAAUCUCACUGUUAACAUCAGAAGACAAAAUGGGUGACUGGCUCGCUAUCCACCAACCUGAUAAAGGCUGGAUAGAGCCUUUCGCUACCUCUGCUAGAGAAGUGUACAUUAAUGGCUUGUAUUACGCAAGUUAUCUUGGUUUCAGUCAGGCCGCACGGAGGCUGCUCGACAAAGGCGCCGACAUCCACGCGCAGGGAGGCCGCUACGGCAACGCCCUCCAGGUUGCGUCAGCUGGCGGUCGCGCAGAGAUCGUCCGGCUGCUGCUCGACAAGGACGCCGACGUCAACGCGCAGGGAGGCGAGUACGGCAACGCCCUCCAGGCUGCAUCAGCAGAGGGUCGCGCAGAGAUCGUCGUCCGGCUGCUGCUUGACAAGGGCGCCGACAUUCACGCGCAGGGAGGCAAGUAUGGCAACGCUUUCUUCGCGGCCCUUGCUGCAGAACAUCGUGAUGUCACAGACUUACUUCUGAAAUGCGGAUUCGACUACUCCCACGUCCAGCGGGAUUUACUCGGGCGCUCACGCCUGCUUCAGGCUGCAUGUUACGGCUAUAUUACUGGUCUUGCGCAGGAUGUAGCGAGCAUGUCUGCUGGCAUCGACGCAGUAGAUAACCACCGAUGGACUGCACUACACUGGGCGGCGUACUUUGGACAGACUGCAGUCAUCGGCCUACUGCUACGAAACGGCGCCGACUCCACGAAGCGUGAUUGGCAAGGAUGGAAUGCCUACGAUGUUGCGGUGUUUGUCGGCCAUGAUGUUCCUAUACUGCGUACCGAGGAUGCGGAAACUUCUUCAGACGUUUCGCCAGGCAGGCGUAUACGAGGAGAUUGCGACGUUUGUAGACAUGUAAGCAGACAUCUAUCGUGGAACCGCUUCGGAUGUAAUGCUAACCUGAUACAGGAACUCGUUCAAUACCAACACCACUGCCAGACAUGUGAACCUGGCUACGACCUAUGUUUCCGCUGUUUUCGUGACGUGGAGGUCGUGCAUGCUGGGCAUGACUUCACGAUGGACUUUCGGUAUUAG